GCUGCUGCCGCUGUUGACUGAUGUUCUGAGGGGAGAAGCGGCGGCGGCGGCGGCGGCUGCUCCUUCUUCUUCCCGCUUUCCUCUCUCGCCCCGCUUCCCCAUCCUUCCCGGGCCGGCCCCGGAGUUGCGGGGCGGGGGGUGGGUCGGGGGUGGGGUGGGGGAGAGCGAGCUUCCUUCGCCAUGACCACCAGCACCACCGGCUCCACGCUGCUGCAGCCGCUCAGCAACGCCGUUCGGCUGCCCAUAGACCAGGUCAACUUUGUAGUGUGCCAGCUCUUUGCUUUGCUUGCUGCUACCUGGUUCCGAACUUACCUUCAUUCAAGCAAAACUAGUCCAUUUAUAAGGCAUGUUGUUGCCACCCUUUUGGGCCUUUAUCUUGCACUUUUUUGUUUUGGAUGGUAUGCCUUACAUUUUGUUAUACAAAGUGGAAUUUCCUACUAUAUCAUGAUCAUUAUAGGAGUGGAAAAUAUGCACAAAUAUUGUUUUGUUUUUGCUUUGGGAUACCUCACUGUGUGCCAAAUUUCUAGAGUCUAUAUCUUUGAUUAUGGACAAUAUUCUGCUGAUUUUUCUGGCCCAAUGAUGAUAAUUACACAGAAAAUCACAAGCUUGGCGUAUGAAAUUCAUGAUGGAAUGUUUCGAAAGGAGGAAGAACUGACACAAUCACAGCGAUGCUUAGCUGUGAGGCGCAUGCCAAGUCUACUGGAGUAUUUAAGUUACAACUGUAAUUUCAUGGGUAUCCUGGCAGGCCCAUUAUGCUCUUAUAAAGACUAUAUUACUUUCAUUGAAGGCAGAUCAUACCAACUGACACAGUCUGAAGCAAAUGGGAAAGAAGAGAUAAAAUACGAACAAACAGAUCCCUCUCCAAAUACAGCUGUGGCGCAGAAACUCAUAGUGUGUGGACUAUCCUUGUUGUUUCAUAUGACUGUUAGCAAAACUUUGCCUGUAGAGUACAACAUCGAUGAACAUUUCCAAGCAACAGCUUCGCUGCCUACAAGGGUUAUCUACUUGUACCUGUCUCUUAUGGCUGCCAGACCUAAAUAUUACUUUGCGUGGACGUUGGCAGAUGCAAUUAAUAAUGCAGCUGGGUUUGGAUUUAGAGGAUAUGAUAAAAGUGGACUCUCGCACUGGGAUUCAAUUUCAAAUCUAAGAAUUCUUCAUAUAGAGUUCUCAACAAGUUUCAAGAUGUUUCUCGAUAACUGGAAUAUCCAGACAGCUCUUUGGCUGAAAAGAGUAUGUUAUGAACGGGCCUCCUUCAGUCCAACAAUACAAACCUUUAUCUUGUCAGCCAUUUGGCAUGGGGUAUAUCCAGGAUAUUAUUUAACAUUCAUAACAGGAGUACUCAUGACAAUGGCAGCACGAACUAUUAGAAAGAACAUUAGGCACUACUUUAUUGACUCCCCAGCCAUUAAAUUAUGUUAUGAUAUCAUGACAUGGAUGAUGACUCAAGUAGCAAUAAGUUACACGGUGGUCCCAUUUGUACUUCUCUCCGUAAAACCAUCAUACCUGUUUUACAGUUCCUGUUACUUCUGCCUCCACAUAGCCUGCAUUUUAGUACUGUUGAUAUCUCCAUUGAAAAGAACUCAAAAAGGAAAUAAAGAGCAAGAAAGCAUCCAGCCCUCUUGGUCCAAAAAGCAGGGUCAACGAGGAGGAGGAGGAGGAGACGAUGAAGAAGAAAAAGGCGUCAUGGGACAUAACAGUUACUCUACGGCAAAUAGUUUCAAUCAGAAAAGAGAAAUCACCUGCAGAAAUACAACACUGAAGCAAUGAUUAGGAGAUGCUAUGAUGGAUAUAUUUUAUAUUUCGAAACCCGUUUAUAGCACCUUUUAAAAGGGGUUGUUGUAUUUGUCUGGAAAAGAUGGGUUAGUAAGGAAAGAAUGCUAUGUAUCCCUAGGGAAUAUUGAAUACACUAGUAAGAAUGGAAACAAAGCAAAUUAACCUCUCCCGUGCCAUGUUCCUGUGGAUCACGCCUUAUGUGAAAAUAUUACCAUUAUUUCAAUGGGCACUCAGGACUUGCAGCAUAUGUCCAUUGGGUCAUAGGUGUGCCCCUUUGCUGAAUGUAUGUUGCGCAUCUCAAGGCACUUACGGGGAUGGUGGGUCAUUGUGUCAAUUCAGAGAAACAGAAGGAAAAUAUCUUUAACAAGCAAAUGCCUUGCCUUAAACCCUCUAUCUACUGAAAUAAUGUUUCUAAGUGGUAUUUUCAUAAUAUGUGGGAAGCAUAGUUCAA